UCUCCCCGCAACAGAGCUACAGACAUGGCUUUACCACAUUUCUUGUUGUUCCUUCUCAUUAAUUUCUGCUGCAUUUCUGCCUCAAAUACCUCAGGCACUUCAGACAAUACUACAGGAGUGGAAGGGGCAUCUGGAGCAGGUUUUCGAUAUCAUAAGACAGCAGCUGCUAAAUCAUCAAAUGAAAGAUUUUUAAGCGAUGGACUUUCAGAACAGGCACUGAUGUUUCUAACUGGCACUGUGUCCACCAUCCUUUUACCUUGCUUCUACAUGCUGGUCUGUUCCAUCAGUGUGCCACUUAACAUCUUUGCCAUAAUCGUCUUCACUUGUUGGAUCCGUCCUAAGAAGCCAGCUGCAAUCUAUAUGCUGAACCUGGCCUUAGCCGAUCUGCUCUUUGCACUGAUGCUCCCCUUCAAGAUCUCCUACCACUUUGAAGGCAACAACUGGAAAUUUGGUCCAUCCAUGUGCAGCGUGGUCACUGCUGCCUUUUACUGGAACAUGUAUUGUUCUGUUCUUCUCAUAGCUUGCAUCAGUGUGGACCGUAUGCUUGCUGUAGUUUAUCCCAUUGACUCUCUAGCUUGGAGGAGCUCACGGAACACAGUCAUAGCCUGCAUAACCAUGUGGGUGUUAUCCUUCGCUGGCUCUGUGCCUCUUGUUUCCUCUGACCAGACUUUUAACGUCAGUGAGUUGAACAUCACCACCUGCCAUGAUGUCCACUCCACAGAUAAGAUCAUCUGGUUAAAGAAGUACUUCCUCACCAUCUGCUGCAUAUUCUUCUUCCUACCUCUGCUCAUCACAGUGGUGUCCUACACUCGAGUCAUCUGCUCGCUGAGCAGAGACCAACAUGAUGCUCCAGAAACAUCACACGGGAAAAGAAGAGCAGUGGUAAUGACUUUCACUGUGCUGGUGAUAUUUUUGCUGUGUUUCAUGCCUACAAAUUGUCUGCUGCUUGCACACUACCUGCAGCUUAACACAGAGAAGAGCCAGGGGGCACCUGAUGGCUCUUACGCACUCUAUCUGGUGUUUCUGUGUUUGGGAAGCCUGAACUGCCUCCUGGAUCCCCUGCUCUACUACUUUGGAUCCUCCCAGUUCCGGAAACAACUAUCCAAUAUGCUGAAGCGUAAAAAUGAUAGUAUCACUCAUUCACCAUCUUAUUUAUGAAGAUUCAGCAAAAGAGAAAUGCUGAAAUCCAGUCAUGCAGAAAAGUCCAGAAUCAAGACAUCAGUUACCAGAGCGGGCUCUUUCCAAGCAAGCCUCAGUGGCCAAAACAAGACAAGCCAAACAAGAAAUUACUGGCCUGACUGACUGUCACAUUUUCAUUGACUCUGAACUGUUAUUUUAAAGUUAUAAUAUAACAGGGGCGAUUUUAGCCCAUUUUGGGGGGUGCUUCAGCACCCC